UGUACAUAUUGUAGAUAUACGUAUUUGCAUUCCGUUUUAAGAAAUAUAAAAAUUACAUUUUCAUACUUUAAUUGAAACGGGAAAAGGAGAUUCAGAAUGACUACUACUUUGCAAACUAAAAUAUUUUAUGGCUUAAAAACUGAUGUAAUUUCAAAUGUACAUUACAUUACUGAUGCAGAAAUUUUAUAUCCCGUUGGAAAUGUAAUAGCGGUUCAUAAUAUUCCGCAAUAUCGACAAAGAUUGGUACAUUUAUCUGAUAAGCAACACAUAAAUAUAAUUUCUGUUACACCUAAUAAGAGGUAUGUAGCACUUUGCGAAACGGGAGAAAAACCUACCAUAGCUAUCUAUGAUAUUCACACACUUAAAAGAAAAAAGCUUCUUGGAAUACCAUUCGAUGCUCCUGGCGUAACAAAAUUCACUUGUAUAGGAUUUAGCUUUGAUAAUAAGUAUCUAGCAGCAAUCACAGGAGAACCUGAUCAAACAAUGCUUUAUUAUAAUUGGGAAAAGGGAAAAGUGGAAUCCAGUAUAGCAGUAGGCAAUCCUCAAAAUUUAUCUGCCAUUGUAGACAUAAUAGCUUGUAACCCAUCAGAUAAUGGAGUAGUCGCACUUGGAGGUCUAUGCAUUUUUAAACUUCUGACUCUUUCUGAUACCAUAUGGCGUCCCUAUGGUUUUUCAAAAGCAGACAGCAUACUUAUAUGUUCAAUGGCAUGGUUGAAUCCAGAUAGAUUAUUGAUUGGUACAAAGGACGGUAGAAUUCUUUAUUUAGAGCAUGGUGAUUUAAAAAAUAUGUACAAGAUGUCAGAUACAGUGUCCAUGAAUCUUAAAAUUCGAGAAGAAUAUGUUAUACAGGCUACUAGUUCACUAUUAAAUAUUAGCAAAAAUAUUCCAUGGGAACAGAAUAUCCGUUGUUUAAUUGCAUUUUCAAGAGGAUUUGCAUUCACAUUUGGCUUUAAAACAAUUGUAUUAUUUGAAAAAGAUGGUCAACAUAAAUAUGUAAAGAGAAAUGUUUUUAUAGUUCCAUCCCAAGUAUUCAAAGAAGACGACCGAGAUUUAUAUAAAAUCAAUUCUAUAAAUAUUAAUCUAAGUUUUGAUCGCUUGAUAGUUACAACAGGCUGGCCCCAAAUAUUUUAUGCAAGGUUAUGGGGACCAGACCUGAACAUAGAUCCAGAGCCACAAGAAUUAUACAUUAUGGGUCAAUCGUUACAUCAUGGACCCAUAAGUAAUCUGUCGGUAUGUGCUUGGAAAUCAGUAUUUAUGACUUGCGGGGAACUUGAUCACAGCGUAAGAUUAUGGGACUUUGAAGCAGGAAGUUUAAUCUUACUUAAACAAUAUACAGAAGACAUUUGUGGAAUUGCAUUACAUCCUACAGGCCUUUUCUGUUUAAUUGGCUUCAAUGAUAAAUUACGUUUCAUGAGCAUACUAAUAGAUGAUUUACUACCUAUGGAAGAAUUUCCUAUUAGAUGUUGCAAGACUGUAGAGUUUAGUUACGGUGGUCAUCUGUUCGCUGCUGUUAAUGGGAAUAUUGUACAAGUUUAUUCGACUAUUGAUUACGUUAACUGUUUCAUUUUAAAAGGACAUAUUAAUAGAGUAAAGACUUUAUUGUGGUCGCGAUCAGAUACAAAGUUACUAACAUUAGGUGCAGAAGGUGUGAUAUAUCAAUGGGAUAUGAGUACUGGUCAACGUUCUGCAGAAAUAAUUUUAAGAGGUUUUAAUUUAUAUGACAUUGCUUUCUCUUCUGACGAAUUGACUUCGUAUUGCAUUGCAAAUGAUAGUUCAAUACGCGAGAUGAAGGAGAGUGCGGUAGUUAGACAGUAUAAUCUUCCCGAUGUAAACAUGUAUUGCAUGGUACUAGGAAAAGAGGAUCAAGUUCUAUUUCUUGUCUGUCCUAAUGGUAUUAUUUUAUCAAUUAAAUGUCCACUUCAGGAGCCAAUACACUAUACGAGUUUCGAUAUUCAUUCUGCUGAGAUUACCAAGAUUGCUCUUUCUUAUAAUGAACAAUACUUAAUAUCUACUGCUACAGAUGGUAGUUUAUGUAUUUGGAAAUUGUUUUAUUCUGAAGGAAAAGGGGCAAUGGGUAAAGAGCUGACGUAUACAAAUGAAGUGUUAAUUAGCAAAGGCGACUUGGAAGAAAAAAUACAAACGAUUAACGGCUUGAAUGUUAGAAUGAGAGAGCUAGAAACUGAACAUGUAUAUAAAAUGCGUCAAAUAGAAGUCCUACACAAUGAUAAAGUACGUGACAUACAUCAAGGAUAUUGUGAAGCUAUUGAAGAAUUGAGGGACAGGAUAAGCCGACUACAGGAGGAUCAUAAGACGGAGCUUAAUACGAUAAACGUGGAGAUAGUUAAAAUGAAGGAGCAACACGAGGAAACGAUGAAACAAAUGGAAAUGAAUUACGACGCUAAACUCAUUACAGAGUACGACAAGUAUUUAGCACUUGAAAACAAAAUGAAUCUAAUGCGUCAAGAUUAUGAAAAACGUUUGGAUGAACUGGAAAAACAUUGGAAUGACGAGUUAGAAAAAACGACGAAUAAAUAUGAGGCUCUGCUUCAUGAAAAAAAGCUACAACUAGAGCAAAUUCAAGAUGAAAUGGAUCAUCAGGCGAAAGUACACGAACAAAUGACAACGCAAAUAGAAGACGAUGCAGAUCAAGAGAUACUGGAAAUAAGAACAAAUUACGAAUCCAAGUUACACGAGGAGAAAGAGCUAAACAUAAAACUGAAAGGAGAAGCUGGGAUGAUACGUAACCGAUAUGCGGCUAGCCAAAAAGAAGUUGAAGAAUUGAAAAGACAAAUGCACCGAGUUCAGAGUCAGUAUAAAUAUUUUCAGAAGACUAUUCAAGAAUUAGAGAAAGAUAAAGAGGAUUUAAAAAAGGAGAUAACCGAGAGAGAUAUCACAGUUCAGGAUAGAGAAAAUCAGAUAUACGAGUUGAAACGUUCGAAUCAGGAGUUGGAGAAAUUUAAGUUCGUUUUAAAUUAUAAAAUCACAGAAUUAAAGAAUCAAAUAGAACCGAGAGAGCAAGAAAUCAAAGACCUUAAAGAAAAGAUUCGAGACAUGGAAACGGAACUUGUAAACCUGCAUAAGACCAAUGUUAGUUUAGAAUUACAGUUGCACGAGUUGAGAGAGAAAUUGGGAGCCGCAAGACGCGAACUUCAAUACGAAAUACACAGAAAUAAAAGGUGUCAACAACUUCUGAAAAAGAUACGAGUAGAUUUACUUGAUGUUUCAGGGCUUGUCCAAGAGCCACAAGCGUUAAAAGUUGCCGUAACAAAAUUGUAUCAUAAAUAUAGUUCGAGCGAUGAAUUUUUGCGUAGUCGUAAGGCGGAUUUGGACGCACAAUGCGAAUUUAUAAAGCAGAGGGAUCAUUUAGAGAGAACAAUAGCUUCCCUUAAGAAACAAGUUUUUCAGGACACAUCAAGCGGUGGUAAGGAUAUAGAUAAAACUAUGGAGGAAAAUAUUACACUGAUCGCAGAACUAAAUGCUCUGAGGGAAGAACUGAAAGAAUCAAGGAAACAUAUAAUACACAUGGAAGGUCUAUUAGGUUUAACAGCAAAAAAUAUAAAACCAUCUGAAGCAAAAAGGAGAUUAGAUACUGCAUGUUACGAGCAUGAAAAGUUACAGAAUGAAUAUAGAUCUCAAAUGGAAGAGUGUCAAAGUAUAAUAAUUGCAUUAAAAGAUGACAUGUAUAAGUUGAUCAGUAAACUACCCUGUGAAGAACCAGAAGCUAACGUAAAUUUUUAAAUACCUAAUAGGGAAGUACAAUUCUAUCGUAAACUGUUUAUUUAAAGAAUAAAAAUGUCAAUAACAAAAUGGAACAAAAAAUAUUUUAAUAUUUACCAGUAUUAUGCCCUUGAC